CAUAGACAGGAUAUACAAAAAGCCAUACCAGUGUGUGUCCGAUAAGGAAGGUACUCUCUAGGAGAGUAUUCUCCAUUCACACAGAGGGCUGUGUCUUUAUGACUGAAUGUGACUUUGGCCAAGGGGUCAAAGUGGUGGAGGGCUACUGAUAAAACCACUGACUGGGAACACUGCCUCCCUCACUAUACGCGUGUGGAUGUGUCUCAGUAGGAUGUCUGUGAGGUGGCUGUUGGUUUUGGCCGUGGCCGGUGUGGCCGGUGUGGCGGCCCAGUCUGAACUUGAGCAGAGGGCCGCCGCGUUCCUGGAGAGAUUCGAUGUGAAGGCCACGGAGCUGAUGUACCAGUACUCACUGGCCUCCUGGGAGUACAACACAAAUAUCACAGAUGAGAACUCACAGAAGCUGUCUGAACAGGGGGCGAUCUGGGGUGCUUAUUACAGUACGGUCUCAGAGGAGGCUCAGACCUUCGCCAUCGAUCAGAUCAAUGAUCUGGAGAUUAAACUGCAGCUCAUGACACUUCAAGACAAAGGGUCCGGAGCGCUGGAUGCAGACAAGGGAGCUCACCUGAGCAAGGUGAUGAGUGAGAUGAGCACCCUCUACAGCACAGCGACAGUGUGCAAAGUGGACGACCCCUUCGACUGCCAGACUUUAGAGCCAGGUCUGGAGCACGUGAUGGCCAACAGCAGAGACUACUAUGAGCGACUGCACGUGUGGGAGGGCUGGAGAGUGGAGGUGGGCAAGAAGAUGAGGCCCCUGUAUGAGGACUACGCUGACCUGAAGAACGAGGCCGCCCAACUCAACGGUUUCCAGGACUAUGGCGAUUACUGGAGAUGGAACUAUGAAACCAUUGAGGAUGGCAAGUAUGGAUAUACUCGGGACGAGCUCAUGGAUGAUGUCCGUCGAAUUUACAAAGAGAUCUUACCCUUGUACACUGAACUGCACGCAUACGUGAGAUCCAGACUCCAACAGACCUACCCUGGCCAUAUCAGCUCAGAGGGAGGACUCCCCGCGCAUCUUCUGGGUGAUAUGUGGGGAAGGUUUUGGACAAAUUUGUACCCCCUCUCUGUCCCUUACCCUGGGAAAGAGGAUAUUGAUGUCAGUGAUGCUAUGGUUAAGCAGGGAUGGACUGUUGACAGGAUGUUCAAAGAGGCGGAGACAUUUUUCAUGUCAGUUAAACUUUACAAAAUGUUUGACAACUUCUGGAACGACUCAAUGCGUGUAAGACCAGAGGAUGGUCGAAGGGUGGUGUGCCACCCCACAGCAUGGGACAUGGGCAAUCGAAAGGACUUCAGAAUCAAAAUGUGCAGCAAAGUGAACAUGGAUGACUUCCUGACUGUCCACCAUGAGAUGGGCCACAACCAAUACCAGAUGGCCUACCGUAACCUCUCUUAUCCCCUGCGUGACGGUGCCAAUGAAGGUUUCCAUGAGGCAGUGGGAGAGAUAAUGUCACUGUCUGCAGCAACCCCAUCACACCUGAAGGCCUUAGGCCUUCUGCUUCCAGACUUCAAAGAGGACAACGAGACCGAGAUCAACUUCUUGAUGAAGCAGGCCCUGACCAUUGUAGCCACAUUGCCUUUUACCUACAUGCUGGAGGAGUGGAGAUGGCAGGUGUUCCAAGGGAUAGUCCCAAAAGAAGAGUGGAUGCUACAGUGGUGGAGGAUGAAGAGAGAAAUGGUUGGUGUUGUUGAGCCUAUUCCCAGGGAUGAGUCAUACUGUGAUCCUCCAGCUUUGUUCCACGUCUCUGGAGACUACUCCUUCAUCCGAUACUUCACCAGGACCAUAUAUCAGUUCCAGUUCCAGGCUGCUCUUUGCAAAGCUGCAGGACACGAUGGGCCUUUAUUUAAGUGUGACAUCACUAAUUCAACUGAGGCAGGCGACAAACUUAGGGCUAUGCUGGAGCUGGGGAGAUCCAAGUCUUGGACCAGAGCUUUGGAACAAGUUUCUGGAGAAACCAGAAUGAAUUCCCAGCCCCUUCUGGACUACUUCAAAGACCUCUAUGAGUGGCUCAAGAAAGAUAAUGAUGUUAACAACAGAAAACGAGGAUGGGACCACAACAUUGACCCCUAUUCUGAGAAUGCCUUCAAAGUGAGAUUGAGUUUGAAAACUGCUUUGGGGGACCAGGCUUAUGCCUGGAACGCAGAUGAGAUGUUCUUUUUUAAGACUACGAUGGCCUAUGCAAUGAGACGGUACUACUCAGAGGAGAAGGGCGAGUUGCUCAAGUUUGUGUCAGACAACGUGCACACAUAUAAAGAGACACAGAGAGUGUCUUUCUACUUUGUUGUGACGCAUCCCACUGACUCAGCUAAGAUCAUUCAGAAAUCUGAGGUGGAGGCUGCUAUACGCCUGUCCAGAGGUCGCUUCAACAGCGCCUUCCAGCUUAGCGAUGACACCCUUGAGUUUGAGGGUCUCCUGGCCACACUGGCCCCUCCAGCAGAGCAGCCUUUUACGGUCUGGCUGGUGGUGUUUGGGGUGGUCAUGGGUGUGUCGGUCCUACUGGGCAUUUACCUCAUCACCAUGGGCAUUGUGGACAGGCGAAGGAAAUCUAAGCGGGCAGAAGAGGAAAACCCGGUUACUAACCCCUAUGACAAUACAGAUGAAUAUGCAGAUGGAAUCUCAAAUAAAGGAUUUGAGAGAGACAGCCAUGAUCAACAAACAGUAAUGUGACUUAAUUGAUGACCAGUUUGUGUAGUGUUUGGUCAUUCUAGACUGUUUGAAUAGAAACACAAUUAAUGGGAGAAACUUAAGACAAAGACAGACAAGGACAAGAGAAGAUGAAAAGACAGUAAUAUACUCGUUUAUUUGUUUUUAUUUGAUCAGAUGCACAGUCUAACAUUACUGAUAUAAUUGAAACAAUGGAGUCAUGGAGAAACUAAGUAAUAUGUUUAUAUCCUUGAAGGUGUGCUAUGUCAGAAGAUGUGGUAUUUGAAAUGAUUAUGUAACACUAUGUAACAUUAUUAAUGUCAGAUAUAAAUAAAAGACCAUGCUUUCAA